CAUAGUCGUCGCGUGGGAAUAUUUGAGCACGUGUUGGUUUCGUAGUUGGGAUGGCCUUGUCCUAUGAACGUCAAAGCUCUUCGUUCAAGUCACUUCUACUUCUAGUACCCAACUUGUUACCAAAAUUCACUCUGACCUCGACAAAUAAAUCAUGCCUCCCCGUGGCAGCGAAGGAUUAGAUUUUACGCCAAUCUUAACGCAUUAUCUUUUCUUGUUUACGACAAUUCUUGCGGUGUUGGCGUGGUUCAUCGCAUUUAUCUCGCAAUGUAUCGUAACUGCUCAAUACCGUGAACAAUCCGUUGGUGUUGGGUGGUUUGGGAUAUUCCUCCAAUUAUUCCUAACCCUUGGCGUAUUGCACACCCUAGCAAGCGAUUCAAUAGCCAUGCAUCGCUUCCAAAUAUCAGUUUUUGGUGCUAUUGCAAUCGUUAUGGCUGUCAUCACCGUCAGCAACAGUAUCUUUACUGGAUUAGCUUCACUGGACGCUAUGGCUGCGGGAUGGCUCAUUAUUGCAAUCGUGGACAUUCUUUGGGUGAUCUAUUUCACGUCAGAGGAAGAUUCUCUCGCAUUCCACCUCUUCAAUUCUAUGGGCACUGGUGGCCUCACACCACCAUCCCGCCGUCGUAGGACUCGCGGUGCAAGCAAUAUUGGUACCAAUGGCUAUACAGCCAACUAUUCUCCUGGUGGUGGUGUCGGUUCACACGAUAUGCCCUAUGACAGUGCCAACAAAACAGGUGGUAUUGGUACAGGUCCCGGGGUUCGGAGUCAAAAUAGUUUUGUUGGCGGUGCUAGUGUGGACGGUGCACCCCGCAGUCUUGGUCCCGCAGCUGGUGUAGGCAGUGUUCACAGCACACCGAAUCCAGCUCCGGUUUCCCUAAGUGGCCCUGAUAACAGUAUGAGUCCAGGCUCACCAUUGAUAGGCCCUGGUGCUGCGGGUGUAGGCGCAGGUGGCGGUACUGGUGGAGGUAGCCCAAAUAUGCCUGAAGCCAACCCGGGCGGACCAGAGGCAUACAUCUACAAAGCAAAAGCAUUGUAUGCUUACACUGCCUCUCCAGAUGAUCCAAACGAAAUCUCAUUCACUAAGGGUGAGAUUCUUGAUAUCAUCGAUAAGCAAGGCAAGUGGUGGCAAGCAAAGAAAGCAGACGGUUCAUUAGGAAUUGCACCAUCGAAUUACCUUCAGGUCAUCUAAUAGACCGAGCUUGAAAUUUUGAUUUUUACUUCUUUAUGUUACACCUGACGACCAUGGACAUGAUGCGUGCGUGAUACGAGCGUUACGUUCCUUGUAAUAGCACUGAAGGUGUCUUGAUGCUAGGCGAUUCAAGUUAUAUUAUCCACUUCCUUGCUCCACAUCCCUUGUGUUUUUUUAUUUGCUAGUCUCACUGUCUCGACGAUACCACAUUCCGACCAAUGUUUUCCUGUGUCCUAGCGUUGCUCAAUCAAUGAUAUAUAAAAUAGCUCAUUUAUUCUUGUCGUUUGAUAACAAUAUUUAUUGAUGGGUGUGAUUGUGACUCGACACUGACAUCAUCAUACAGAAUUUGAAUAUGC